GAAAUUCAUUGCUAGGCUUCCAGAUAAGGGUAAGAAGAUCUCCGAUUUUGCUGAAAAGCUGACGCUUGCCAUUUUACAAGAGGAAGAAUCAGCAAGGACGGCUGAGCUGUUAUCAGCUGUCAGGUCAGAGUUUCAGGUGAAACAGGAGGAGGUUCGUACAAGCAAACAGCAAGUUAUCCUAAACAAGGACACACUAAACCAUGAAGAUUCCUCAGUUUUUAAGGAAAACUCUACUAUUAAAGAAGUUUCUGAGAUUUCUUCCCAAAGGCAGGAGGCAGAAUGUAUUGAGCAAGAUGCCACAAAUACAGCUCUGGAAAAUUUUCACAAGAAAAAUGAUAAUGAAUCUUGGAGCAUUACUGAGGAUGAUACAGGAAGUACAGGUGCUUUGGACAACCGUAAAGACGCAUUGGUUGAUGCCUUUCAAAAAGUUACAAUUGCAGAUGAGUAUAAUAGUGGAAAAGUAUUGGAAAAAGAGCAGAAUGUGGCUAAACAUAAGGGCAAUAUCUUUGGAAGCCUGUACCCCAAGACACCUCAUUAUAUUGAAGUUCUAGAGUCUAGAGCCAAAAACCCAGUCAUGAAAAAAAACAAAUUUAAACCAAAUGUAUUACCAGGAGAGCAAAGUGGGUCAUCGCAUGGUUCCCCAUCCAGUCAGUCCAGUGGGGGAUUUGGCUCUGCAAUUACUGCUGAAGAAAGGCGACUUAGAGAUAAAGAACAUUUGAAUGACAUUACCGCAGCUCGGCUGCCACCACUUCACCAUUCUCCUGCUAAGCUCUUAUCCUUAGAGGAAUCCAUAAAAAUUCAGAUACAGCAGAAAGAAGCUUACGAGGCAAUGCAAGCCAAGCUUGCUGCACAGAAGCUUGCAGAGAGACUGAAUAUAAAAAUGCUCAGGUUUGAACCAGAGGGGGAGGCCUCAAUGCAAUACAGAGAAGUGACAGAUGAAGAUUAUUUUUCAGCAGAUGACUGA